AGGUUUUUUUUUAGGGAAACGUAGCGAGCCUUAUGCUAUGUUAGACAUCGUGUGCUGCUACAUUGCUUAUAAACAGGAGAAGCUUGAAUUUGGCCAGAUCAUUUCACAAAGCUAAGCAACAUUUCACAAUGAAAUUCGUGCGGUUUAUUAUGAAGAAUUCGGCCUUGGCCAGCGUGCCUAAACACAUCGAGCACUUCUCGAAAUUUUCACCAUCUCCUCUGUCUAUGAAGCAGUUUCUUGAUUUCGGUUCAACAAACGCAUGUGAAAAAACUUCAUUCGUCUUCUUGAGGCAAGAGCUCCCGGUGCGACUGUCCAACAUCAUGAAAGAAAUCAACUUACUCCCAGACAGACUGCUUACUACUCCGUCUGUUCAGAUGGUCCAUGGCUGGUAUGUUCAGAGUUUAAUGGAGAUCCUUGAGUUCCUGGAUAAAAGUCCCACUGACCACCGAGUUCUGGGAGAGUUUGUAGAAACCCUGGUGAAUAUCAGAAAUAGACAUAAUGAUGUUGUUCCUACAAUGGCUCAAGGUGUGAUUGAGUACAAAGAAGCUUUCGGCCAAGAUCCGCUCACUAAUCAGAACAUCCAGUACUUCUUAGACCGAUUCUACACAAGCCGAAUCUCCAUUCGUAUGCUUAUCAACCAGCACACCCUAAUUUUUGAUGGUGCCACAAAUCCUGUUCAUCCCAACACCAUUGGAUGUAUUGAUCCACUCUGUCAAGUAGCGGACGUGGUCAAAGAUGCCUAUGAGAGUGCCAAGAUGCUCUGUGACCAGUACUACCUCAGCUCUCCAGACCUGGUGCUGCGGGAACACAACACUAACAACAUGAACCUGCCUAUUAGCAUAGUGUACGUGCCUUCCCAUCUCUACCAUAUGCUGUUUGAGUUAUUCAAGAAUGCUAUGAGGGCAACAAUUGAAAACCAUAAAGAAGACACCAAUCUUCCACCUAUUGAAGUUAUGGUAGCUAUUGGUGGAGAGGACCUUUCCAUCAAGAUGAGUGACAGGGGCGGUGGCGUCCCAUUCAGGAAGAUGGAGAAUCUUUUCAGCUACAUGUAUUCAACAGCCCCGACUCCUCAAAUUGGCCAGCAUAGAACUCCUCUGGCUGGCUUCGGUUAUGGGCUGCCGAUCACUCGCCUCUAUGCAAAGUAUUUCCAGGGAGACCUCCAGCUGUACUCUAUGGAGGGCUAUGGCACUGAUGCUGUUAUUCACCUGAGGGCUUUAUCCACUGACUCUGUGGAAAGGCUUCCGGUGUAUAACAAGACAGCUCUGCGGAACUACAAAGUGAGCCAGGAAGCAGACGAUUGGUGUGUGCCAAGCAGAGAGCCGCUGGACCUGGCAGUAUUCCGGCUGGCCAAGUGAAGACCUUCUGCUUGUCUGGAGUCUCCUGGCUCAAAAUAAAAACAGUCCUCGCAUUAGAGUUCUACAUGGGGACCAGAGAGAGCAAUACGGUGUCUGCUUGAAGCCGGACACUCAACACUCAAGCCUUAUGGUGUCUCUCGUUUCACUAGUUAAUGCAUGUAAUGGCUUUACAUCUGCACCAUAAUCAACCCAUGAAUAGUUUUUUGUGGUUUGCGAAAAUCUUUUUUCCACAGUGUUACCUGUAGACCAAGCAUGCAUAAGUGAGUGUGAUAAAAUAGCUGAAAACGGUCAAUCAAAGAUUACAGCGCUCUCUUAUUAAAGGUGGAGUAUUACAGUGUAGGAGAGCCUUAGCUGGAAAGUUUUGUUAGUGCGUAGGUGGAGGGCAGCAGGAUCUUCCAGGGCAGAUGGUGGAGUCAGUGUGUAGGAUCAGGCAGGAGCAGAGCAACUACAUUGGUGCCAUGAGAGAAAGGGCCAAAAUGAGUUGUUGGAUAAGUUGAAUAAGAAUAAAACAGCGAUUUUGUAGAAGAUACAUGAGUAGAUCUCAGCGUUGAGUUAUAACAUCAUCUGAGGUUAAUGUAGCCAUGACAGAGUAUUUUAUAGAACAUCCAUCUUCCAUAUCACAGAUGAUGACAUAGUGGAUUAGUCCAGAGUGAUUAGAAGAAAAGUGGACCAUAUUUAAAGACCAGAAUUAAAAAGCUCUGGGUUCAUGAAUCACCUCAGUGAUGUGGCUUGAUUUGUAUUACAAAAUGAGGAAAAAAGCACUAAUGGAACAGUGUUUAUAUAGAAAGCUAAUAAAAGGACAUAGAUGUAUAAUGCAGUGGUUGAUUCCAUGACUUACGUUUUGAACAUUUCUGUUUGGAGCUUUUCAUUGUCUCUUUGCUAUUGAGCUCAUUCAUAUGUAUUCUCAAUUACAUAUAUUACACAUUUCUGAUAUUCAUUAAACUGCUAUAUUAUAUUCUUAAUUAUUGUAUGUAAGGCCAGUUGAUGAGAAGAUAUUCUUCCAAUUUUGAACAUUUUCUGUGCCUCAACUUUUGGAAGUGUCUUUACGGUAUUAAACUAACCAGCUGUUUUGAAUUUGAACCAGGAAAUCCUUAAGUAUUCUUUGUUAUUUCAAUCAUGUUUGCUUAAAUGUUGCUUUUAUACGAACCUAUUAACAUCCUCAUGUCUGAACGAGUUAUAUUUUUGUGAUAAAACUUUCCAUUGUAUUUAUAAUAAAUGGAAAUAUAAUGGAAAUAAACGUGACAUUUCAUUGCAUAUCCCUCCAUCUGGUUACAUUAAAGCAUACCAUGAUUAAUUAAUUUUGCUUCAACAUCAUAAGUCAUGACUUCCUAUCCUAGUCAGCAUGUUGUCAUUGGGCUAUGAGAUAAUCUCUAUAAAGUGAGGCUUUAGUAUUAAGCUCUUCUCUAAAAAAAAAAAAAAAACAUAA